AUGGCGCCCGACAUGAAUGCCUUCCGCCGCAUGGCCGACCUCUGCCACACCGCUUCGAAAUGUAUCCUCAUCUUUGCAAUUCACUCAAACAGAAGCGCGGAAGGAAUCUCUCUCCUUACGCAAGCGCUCUACAUCCUCGUCUUCCUAACCCGCUACCUCGACCUCUUUUGGGUUCCCCCCUCCUUCUCCUACUGGAAUUUCGUCCUCAAAAACUUCUACAUCUGGUCCAGUCUCUACAUCAUCCUCCUCAUGCUCCGCAUCUACCCUCGCACCCGCGAACGCGAAAAGGCGUGGAAGCUCGCCAUCUACGCCCUCAUCGGCAGCGUCGUCAUCGCCCCUCCCUUCACAGUCAUCUUCAAGAAAUUUAGCGUGGUGGGCAUGCUGUACACCUUCUCCGAGGCGCUGGAGAGCGUGUGUAUCCUGCCACAGCUGUUACUGCUGAGGCAGACGACAGUCCCGACGGUGAUUACGUCGUUUUAUCUGGUGACGCUGGGGAGCUAUCGCUUCUUCUACAUCUUGAAUUGGAUCGUGAGGGCCGCGGGCCAGGAGCAUUAUUUCGAUCCGAUUAGUUUUACCUUUGGAGUGAUACAGACUGCUCUAUAUAUCGACUUCGCUUGGGUGUAUUGGACGAGACAACGGGUGAAGCUGAGGGGCGGUGGUGUGGUGGAUAGUGAUGAUUUAAGAAAGAGCUGGCUGGUCGGUGGGUUGUUGGGAAGGGGAAGAUCGAGCGCUGAUCUGGAACGGCCGAGUGGCGGAAUCGAUGAUCACGAAGAAGAAGAUGAUAUCGAGGCAGCAGCAAGGAGAGGUGGCAACAUACCAAAUGUAGACGGAAGUACAAAGAGACCAGCCCAGCCAAAUCGAUGGGGCAAGCGCGGCGUCAGUGUCAGUGCUGAUGAUACAUUGGAGGAGCAUGGACAAACACGCAGCAGUAGGCAACAACCAAACAAAAAGAUACCAGCGCCAAUAUCAACCACAGCUGCCAAUGAGGGCGGUACUCCACAGGAGAGGACAAGCAUGCUGAGGCAGCCGGAUGAGUUCCUUGACGACGACGACGAUGUCAUUGACAAUGCCCAGCCCUUCUCCGUGGGAGACGGAGACGGAGACGCCGAUGUGGUCACCCCUACAACAUCUGCUGGGAGUGGUCAGCAAAAGACGGUGCUCAAUAGCGGAGAGGCUUGGAGUGGAGCUGGUGACAGAAAAGCUGGGAGUGGGAGAGGGAAGUAG